CUUCUCUCUCAUCAAGGAAAGAGUAAUUGAUUUCAAGGCCCCAACCUCUUCCUCAAUCUUUCACCCUACCCCAAAAAAGAGGGAAAGGGAAAAAAAAAAUCCUCGAUCCAUCAACUUAUAUCAACUUUGUUGAGGUAAGUAGUUUCAAAGGUUAGGAAUAACCUUUGAAUUGAGACAUCUUCGACGAUUUGCUAGGUAAGGGAGAAACCCUAAGGAUGGGGAGAGGCAAGAUAACGAUCCAAAGGAUCGAUAACUCGACUGCAAGGCAAGUGACCUUCUCAAAGAGAAGAAAUGGAUUGCUUAAGAAGGCAAAGGAGCUUUCUGUCUUAUGCGAUGCAGAAGUCGGGAUUAUCAUCUUCUCAUGCACCAGCAAGCUUUAUGAUUAUGCAAGUACCAACAUGGCAUCCAUCAUCGAACGCUACAAAAGCGCUAGGGAGGAACAUAACCAGCUAUUGAAUCCGGACACAGAAGUCAAGUUUUGGAAAAUGGAGGCAGCAAGCUUAAGGCAGAACCUGCAGCACCUUCAUGAGUCAUACAGGCACUAUAUGGGGCAAGAACUGUCUGGUCUCACUGCUAAAGAACUAAAAAGUCUGGAAAACCAAUUGGAAACGAGCAUAAAGAAUAUCCGCCUGAGAAAGGAUCAAAUUCUGAAUGAGGAAAUCAAAGAGCUGAACAGAAAGGGGAGACUCAUACAACUGGAGAAUAUCGAACUGCAGAACAAGGCAAACAUUAUAUACCAAGAAAAUUCGGAAUUACAAAAGAAGGGUGCUAAACCAAAGCAGAUCACCAGUGCAGCAGGGGAUGUGAAUCAAGCAACCAAUGGGUGUGACUCACAUGGACCCUUAAAUCUCGAGCUAUGCAAGCCACAACCUCGAUCUAAGUAGCAGUAUACCAACUACAGCACCGAAACGGAUUGCAGCUCCAGUAGCAUAAAAUUUCACAGUCAAGGGUGCUCUCCAUUCAUUUCAACAUCAACAGGAUUGGCCUGCUAGGAUCCAUGAACGGAGCACGGGCUUGGAAUUAUGUAACAUGAUUUGCUGCCGGCUCCUCUGUAAAGUUGCAUGCUAACGAGAGUGAAGUUAUACCAGAUGUUGCAUGUGUUGUCGUAGUUUCAUCGCAUAUCUCUAAAUAGAGACAUUGCUUGUUGUGGACAAUCAGAAACCGUUUUUCAGAUUUUGAUUAGAUGGAAACCACUGACCAAAGUCAUCCCACAUAUUUUUCCGGCUUUACAU